GUAGGGUUGAAUCAAAAAUUAAGGGCAUUCUCUCUUAUUAUUAUCUACUAGAUCAAACACACAACACAGAACCCCCCACUAUCUUCUCCCCUUUCUCUUUUCUCUUAUCUCUCUCUAUCCACUCACCUGUCUUUCACUCUGAGCAACAAUACACAAAGCUGAAAUUAAACCCAACAAACAAAGAAAGAAAAUUAUUUAAAUAAGGAUCCAAAGUGUUGUAAGUAUUUCAUCUGUCAAAUACAUCAAUCAAUCAAUCAAAUCAUAUCAAUACAUAAGAUUGAUCAUAUUAUUUCAAAUCCUUCAAAUCAAUUAAAAAAAAAGAAGACUAGGGAAAUGUCAAGCUCUAUUGCUGGGUCAUCAACAACUACUAACUUGUCAUUGGACCACUUCCCAUCUUCUGAACAGCUUUGUUAUCUCCAAUGCUCUCGUUGUGAGACUGUCCUUGCGGUGAGUGUGCCGUCGAGCAGCUUGUUCAAAACGGUGACGGUCCGAUGCGGCCACUGUGCGCAUCUUCUGCCAGUAAACACACGGUCACUGCUGCAGCCACCGGCUAAUCAGUUUCAUUUGAGUCAUCAUAACUACUUCUCACCCACCUCUCAUUACCUUCUGGGGGAAAUGCCAAACCCAGCUCCAAAUUACUCAGUGACACAACCAAGUGCUGCCUCUAGUUACAUGACUGCAACAUCCAGCCGAGGCAGUGGUCCGAAUGAGCUUCCUAGGCCUCCUACAACAAACAGACCUCCUGAAAAAAGACAGAGAGUUCCUUCGGCUUACAAUCGAUUUAUCAAAGAUGAGAUUCAACGUAUUAAGGCUGAAAAUCCUAAUAUUUCUCAUAGAGAAGCUUUCAGCGCUGCCGCAAAGAAUUGGGCCCACUUCCCUCACAUUCAUUUUGGGCUGAUGCCGGAUCAGACGGUGAAGAGGACAAGUACCAUGCGCCCUCAUCAUCCGCAGGAAGCUGGAGAAGAUGUCCGCAUGAGGAAUGGAUUUUAUGCUGCUCAAGCAAAUGUCGGUGUCUCUCCUUACUAAUUAAAUUAAAUAAAUAAUUGUAUUAAUGCAUACUAAUUAAUGUUUUAAUUAAAUUAUGUCCUCUUUUAAUUAUGAUCUUUAGGAUGCUUCUGCUCCAUUAUAGUUGUCUACGACGAAUGUAUUUUAUUGUGUUGUUAUGUUCUGUCUAAUUUCUAUGAUAUUUUCAUAACCCUCCAUUAAUUUCAAGGGAAGAUGUGUUUGAUUUGCUCA